GGCUAUGGCCACAUAGUUCCCUUGACUUCAUGGGGCAGGAUUUUUUGUAUUGUGUAUGCACUGUUUGGAAUACCACUGACAUGUGUGGUUUUCAAGGUAGUGGGUACAAAUAUCAACGAGAGUAUUACGAAAAUGAUCAGGGCUGUGAAAAACAAAUUUCUCAGACGAGACACAAUACACGGCGAAGCAACUGACAGUGCCUUGGUCGCCACUUUCUUGGCUAUCUUCACUCUUGCUGUAAUUUCUUUUAUGGCAGAUUUGAGACGUAAAGAUUGGACUUACUUAGAGAGUUUUUACUUCUGUUUUAUAACAUUUAGUACCAUAGGAUUGGGAGAUUUCUUGCCCUUCGAGGAUGGAAGAGUUGAGGUCAGCGAAUAUCUAAUGAUGGCAGCUGGGGUUAUUUUAGGAUUCUCUAUGAUGUCCACUAUGCUCUGCGCUCUUGGUCAGGCGGUCGAGGAAGGCACCCGCCUGAAA